AUGGAGAGGAGGUCACGAGAUGCAUCCUCUGGGACAGCUGAUCAGGUGGAAAAGCAUGAUGAACAGAAAUCUGAGGUCCCAGAGUUCUGCAUUGAUGCUGGUUCAGCUGGAAACAUUGCCUGGUUUAUCAAUCAUAGUUGCGAGCCCAAUCUAUUUGUCCAAUGUGUAUUAAGUUCCCACCAAGACAUUAAGCUGGCUAGGGUGGUUCUAUUUGCAGCUGAUAACAUACCACCAUUGCAGGAGCUUACGUAUGACUAUGGCUAUGCGCUUGAUAGUGUUUUUGGCCCUGAUGGAAAGGUGAAAAGAAUGCCAUGCUACUGUGGUGCAGCUGAUUGUUUGAUACAGUAG